AACUCAUAGAUUAGCCCCAAAGCUCUCUCCCUAUAUAAACCCCCACUUUUCUCAGACAAACAGUUCAUGCUUUGACGCUGCAUUGCGCUCCAAGACAAAGAACAAGAAAAUGGCGAAACGUUUCAAGCUCCGGAUUUCCCGAGUCAUCCCAUCCUUCCAAUCCUGCCGUUCCAAAGACCCAUCCACUAUGCCAGCAGAUCCUGUCCCUUCAUUCUUCCGACCAUCCCCAGUCAACAACAAACUCAUCAACCUUCAUUUCCCAGCCACAAACCCACUCCAACCCUCCAAACCCCAUCACUCUUACCUGAAGCGCCACGUUUCAUCUGCUUGCAUAUCGGUCGGCUGUGGGUUGGGAUCAAGAGCCACUCUCUCUGAUGACGACCGCUUCGAAUCACCCGAGUUCCAAUGGGAAGAAGAAGAGAAGUGGCACGUGGUCGCCAAGGUCUACGACGAGACACCUCGCCGUAAAAUCUACAACUCCUCGGUGUCCGGCGAGUCCGACUCCGAAGAGGACGUUUUGGGUCUUGCUCUACCACUGCCACCACCACCCCCCACAGUGGAAAAGAAGAAACGACGAGCCAGAAAGAAGAAAACGGCAUCGAAAACCCGCACCAGCACCUCUUCUGCCGAUAGCGGACUGUUCAGCAGCGAAGGUCGUGACGAGGGAGACGACGAAGAGACCGAAACCUUAGUUUCCUCCUCCAGAAGCUUGUCCAGUGAUUCCUCGCCGGAGUUCAAUCCCCACUUGGAGACAAUACGCGAGGUACCACUGAGCUCGACGAGGCGAAAGAAGAGCAGCGUGAAGAAGGUGAGGCGGUGCGUUUCGAAGGGUGGGAGGCGUAGGAAGGUGGUGCCGUCUUCUCCGGAGAGCGAGUCGCCGGCGAGGCUUUCGAUGUUCCAGAGGCUUAUACCGUGCACGGUGGACGGGAAGGUGAGGGAGAGCUUUGCGGUGGUGAAGAAGUCGGAGGACCCGUAUGAGGACUUCAAGAGGUCGAUGAUGGAGAUGAUCUUGGAGAAGCAGAUGUUCGACGAGAAGGAUUUGGAGCAGCUCUUGCACUGUUUUCUUUCUCUGAACGCCAGGCAACACCACGUGGUUAUCGUCCAGGCUUUCUCUGAGAUUUGGGAGGCAUUGUUCUGUAGAAGAUCAACUAGUUGAUGCGUUUCUAGGGCUCUUUGAAUCAAAUGAUCAGAAUAUAGAUAAUAAAGUAGAGCUUAUUCUUCUUCUUCUUCUUCUUUAUGCUUAGGAAUUUCUAGCUUUGAAAAUUUCUCUAGUCUUGCUAGUCCUGAACUGUCCCUGCAACAAAUCAUGUGAAUCAUGGACUUGGCCGGGGUUGGUUGUCGUUUCUAGUUAUCUGUGGGACUAUUAAUGAAAUUAUAAGGAUCAAGUUAUUAAUUAGGUAAUUAUAUAUAUC